AUGCGCAAGGACGUCAGGAUUUUACUGGUGGGGGAACCCAAGGUGGGAAAGACGUCGCUCAUCAUGUCCCUCGUCAGUGAGGAGUUCCCAACUGUGGUUCCUUACCGAGCUGAGGAAAUAACCAUACCUGCUGAUGUCACUCCAGAGAGAGUCCCCACACAUAUUGUGGACUAUUCAGAAGCCGAGCAGACAGACGAGCAGUUGUUCCAGGAGAUCUCAAAGGCUAAUGUGAUUUGCAUCGUGUACUCUGUUAACAAUAAGACAUCAAUUGAGAAGGUGACCAGCUACUGGAUUCCCCUCAUUCUUGACAACACGGACAAAGAUAGCAGGGUUCCUCUUAUCCUGGUGGGAAACAAGUCAGACCUGGUGGAGCACAGCAGCAUGGACACUAUCCUUCCCAUUAUGAACCAGUAUAGCGAGAUCGAAACCUGCGUUGAGUGCUCAUCAAAGAAUCUGAAGAAUAUCUCAGAGCUGUUCUACUAUGCCCAAAAGGCUGUCCUUCAUCCAACAGGCCCACUCUACUGUCCAGAGAAAAAAGAUAUGAAGCCGCUUUGUGUAAAAGCAUUGACCCGAAUCUUCAAAGUGUCUGACUUGGACAACGACGGUAUUCUCAAUGAUAAUGAGCUCAAUUUCUUUCAGAGAACAUGUUUCAAUAUGCCAUUGGAGCCACAGGCGUUAGAGGAUGUUAAAAAUGUCGUAAGGAAAAAUUUAAGUGACGGAGUGUGUGACAAUGGACUCACUUUAAAAGGCUUCCUGUUCCUCCAUACACUAUUCAUCCAGCGAGGUCGCCAUGAAACCACGUGGACAGUGCUGAGGAGGUUUGGAUACGACGACGACCUGGAACUCAAUCAGGACUAUCUCUUUCCUCCGUUGAAAGUUCCUCCCGACUGCACCACAGAACUCAACCACACAGCCUACCUCUUCCUGCAGAGUGUCUUCGACAAACAUGACAAGGACCGUGACUGUGCCUUGUCACCAGAGGAGCUAAGGGACCUGUUUGAUGUUUUUCCCUACAUGCCCUGGGGUCCUGACGUCAACAACACAGUGUGCACCAAUGAGCAGGGCUGGAUCACCUACCAGGGCUAUCUCUCACAAUGGACGUUGACAACAUAUCUGGAUGUGCAGCGUUGCUUGGAGUAUUUGGGCUACCUUGGUUAUUCAAUCAUUGCUGAGCAAGAGUCCCAGGCGGCAGGAAUGACUGUGACCAGGGAUAAGAAGAUUGACCUGCAGAAGAAGCAGACACAACGAAGUGUCUUCCGCUGCAACGUCUUUGGAGAUGUUGGCAGCGGGAAGAGCGGCUUCCUCCAAGCCUUUCUGGGGAGAAACUUGAUGCAGCAGCAAAUGAUCAAAGAAGAACAUAAAUCCUACUAUGCCAUCAGCACAACCUUUGUUUAUGGUCAAGAGAAAUACCUUCUUCUUCAUGAAGUAUUUCCUGACAUGGACUACCUGUCUGAUGCUGAUCUGGCCUGUGACAUCAUUUGCUUGGUGUAUGACGUCAGCAACCCGUACUCUUUUGAUUACUGCGCCAAAGUUUUCAAGCAAUACUUGAUGGACUGCAAGAUUCCGUGCAUGAUGAUUGCGGCCAAGUCGGAUCUGCCUGAGACCAAACAGUUCUACGGCUGCAGCCCUCUGGAGUUCUGUCGGAGGCACAAAAUGCCUCCUCCGCAGUCUUUUACGUGCAAUACUGCAGGAACGCCUAACAGAGACAUCUACACCAAACUCAGCACCAUAGCCAUGUACCCCCACGCACGACUGCGCUGUAUGUGCACUUGUAACCGUUGCACCUUCUGCUUGUGUCAGAACCUGCUCAACUCCGAGCUGCUGCAGACGGUCAGGGCCAAACUCCACGCUGUGGUUCUCCGCAGACACAUGAGCCAAGCGGACUUGAAGAGCUCCACCUUCUGGCUGAGCGCAGGUGUCGGGGCCACUAUGUUUGCCGUGCUGGGUUUCACAAUGUACAGAGUUCUUCUCAAAGCACGGUGA